AUGAAGCUUUAUUUUUCAUCUAUAGCUAUUUCUAAUGGCGCAUAUUUCAGCAAUAACUAUGCAUUUGGCACAGGUGUUGCUGCAGGAUCAGGAGGUGCCAUUUUUAUCUCCUAUUCGACAUUAACUUCAACAGGUACAUCUCAAAUCACAUUCUAUCAAAAUGAAGCUGGCCUUGGUGGCGCUUUUUGCGCUUUAGCAUCUCCAGUUUUACUAAACAAUAUAUACUUCAAUGAUAAUAAAGCAUACAAAUUUGGUGGUGCCCUCUACUACCAAGGAGCAUUAAAACAAGGUGCAGCUGAUCUUGAUAGUGCCCAUGUCCUUAUUCUCAAAGAAGUCAUAUUUAGAAAUAAUGAUGGUGUCGAAUAUGGUGGAGCCAUAUGUUUUUCAUCAGCUGCCGAUGCCUACUUUGAUGGAUGCACCAUCGAAUCUAAUACAGCAUCAUUCGCAGGCGCUGGUUUGUAUUCAUUUAAUUCAGAUGUGGUCAAGAUUUUCAAUACAAAAUUUAUCUCUAACAAACUAUCUCCCAAAAAAUUUAGACAAUCUGAUGGUACGGUUCCCAAAAUUAACAACAAUUUUGUAUUAGAUCUUAAUAAAUAUAACCCACGCUUUAGGUCUAGAGGUGGUGGUGCCAUUUGUUUUGUUUCUGAUAACAAAAAAGGUAUUUUGCCAAGCAUGCAAACCACAUCUAACAAGAAAAGGUUCAUAAAUACCAUGAAGUGUUGUUUUAAGUCAAAUACAGCCGGUUCUUAUGCUACAAGCUUUGGCGGUGGUCCUGGUCAUGAUGUCGUGCUCGAUGGCUUUGUACACUACAUCUCAAUGGAAGAUGCAAUUCAAGGAUACACGGAAACGAACAAGAAUCUCUUCAUCUCUCACACCUGCAAGAGCUGGAAUACAGAUACUGCCACAUCCCUGGAAUUAAGUCUAUUUGGCAUGAAUCAAAAAUACCAAAUGGAGACUAUUUGCAGUAUCACAACAGAUUCUAGAUCUUCAACAGAUGCAGAAAGUAGCGUUAAAUUUACAACUGGUGUUAGAAAUGGCGAUGGUACUUCAAGGGUUUCUUCUCCAACGCCAUAUAGUUAUCCUAGAACCCCAAUUACAAGGCUGCCACAUGCGACGACGAAAUCAACCAGUAGGAUGCCACCAUCCAAAAGGAUCGAUUUUACUCUUAAGACUCUUUCUGUCAAACAAACUUAUCCAGCAACUCCCUACAAAACUGUUCAUUCAACACCACAUUCAACAGCCCACAAGACACCUUUCUCUACUGCACACAAAACUCCUCACAAGACUCCAUUCUCUACAGUGCAUUCCACACCUCAUUCAACAGCUCAUAAGACUCCUUUCUCCACAGCGCACAAGACUCCAUUUGUUACAGUAUUCAAAACUCCAUUCUCUACUGCACACUCCACACCUCACUCCACAUUCAACAAAGUUCGCUACUCCGCAUUCGACAUUUCACUCCACUCCGCAUUCCACCCCUCAUUCCACUGCUCAUUCUACUCCUCACUCUACUCCACAUUCGACAGCGCAUUCAACACCUCAUUCCACUCCACACUCAACAGCGCAUUCGACAGCUCAUUCGACACCUCAUUCGACACCACAUUCAACACCACAUUCAACUGCUCACUCCACUCCUCAUUCUACUCCACAUUCAACACCUCAUUCUACACCUCAUUCGACAGCACAUUCCACACCACACUCAACACCAAUCUACACUAUUUCUCCUUCAAGAUCAAUCGCUCUUCCAAUCAGUGUAAGAAGUGUUGA